AUGAAAGUCACUAUCAAAGAAUGGAACGCGGUGGCCUCUUGGCGAUGGGAUAUGCCAGAGGAUGAUGUCUGUGGUAUAUGUCGAGUCCAGUUCGACGGCACAUGUCCUACCUGCAAAUACCCUGGCGACGAUUGCACUCUGUUAAUUGGCAAAUGCGGACACUCGUUUCACAUGCAUUGCCUCCUCACCUGGAUUCAGCAAGAUUCAUCCAAAGGACUUUGUCCGAUGUGCAGACAAAAGUUCGAGUGGAAGCAAAAAUCCCCCGCCGUACUCCCGCCACCGAACUUCCAGCCCGUCUUCACGCUCCUCUCCAACACCGGCACCUCAACGACCCACCACCCAAACGUCUACUACGUAUUCUCCGAUGAUGCGCCCGAUGCGGAUCCCAUCACAGCGGCGGCUCUGCAAGUGCUCCAUCCCGCCUCGGCGACCUCUUCGCCCACUGUGGACCUCCAAGGUGGGAAUGCACAAGGCAGAAAGGAGCGGUAUGUGCUGCUAGAUAUGGAUGCCACAGGCACAAAAAUUGAGUCGGCGCAAAGUAUGUCUCCGGAUUGGGCUGUCACGUCUACAGAGCUUGGACCAGCGCCUACAUGGGACAGGGAUGGGGAGGGAAAGCAGGAGGGGAAGGAGGCGAGAGGCUUGAUGUUGAGGAUUGAGGGAAUGGAGCUUAGGAGGGAGGAGGAGGGAGUGGUGACAAAGCAAGGCGAGGAAACGAGGUUGGAAGAGUUGGUAGAGAUCUAUGAGAGGCAGAUGGCGGAGCUGAGGAGAGUUGUUGAUUCUGGACAAGGGAUCAGAACGGGCGGAGAAAGUGGGAGAUGA